AUUGCUCUUCUAAAUAAACCCACCAAAACGACACCCUCCUCCGCCGCAUCCACCACCACGAUUUCACGGCGUCACGUAUGCUCCCACGCCGUUAACAUUCCUAAACCUAAUCGCUCUUUUCUUUUCUUUGAUAUUAUUUUAAAUUUCAGAGAUGUCUCGUGUUGUAGCCGAAGAUAUUAUAUCACCAAUUGGUGAUAAUCAUCUUCCGUUCUCUGCUCACUCAAUGGAGUUAACCGAAUUAUCGUACGGGACCUCCGGAGCCUCGCCCACCCUCGGCCAGCUGUUAAAGCGAGUAGGCGAUGUACGCAAAGAAGCGACCGGAGACGAAACUCCGGUGCAUCAGACUUUUUAUGUCAGCGACUUUAACAGUGUCGAGCCUCGUUCCCUCCCGUUCGUUUUGUCGUUUAACAAUUUGACUUACAGCGUCAAGGUCCGCCGCAAGCUGCAGCUCCCGGCGAUCUUUAGCAGGCCUCGACACCACUGCGUGGGAGCCGCCACCGCGACGGAUCUAGUGCCGGGAGAGAAUCUCUUCUCCAGAACCAAGACUCUUCUCAAUGACAUUUCCGGAGAGGCGCGUGACGGCGAGAUUAUGGCGGUGCUUGGCGCCAGCGGUUCAGGAAAGUCGACGCUAAUCGACGCUUUGGCGAAUCGUAUCGCGAAAGGGAGCUUGAAAGGAACGAUUACGCUAAACGGCGAAGUUUUGGAGUCGAGGAUGUUGAAAGUCAUAUCAGCUUAUGUCAUGCAAGACGAUUUGUUGUUCCCGAUGUUGACGGUGGAGGAGACUUUAAUGUUCGCUGCGGAGUUCCGACUGCCGAGAACAUUAUCAAUAUCAAAAAAGAAAUUGCGCAUUCAAGCUUUGAUCGAUCAGCUAGGACUGCGAAAUGCGGCAAAAACAGUUAUUGGAGACGAAGGUCACAGGGGAGUAUCUGGCGGAGAACGACGUCGUGUUUCUAUAGGAAUUGAUAUAAUUCAUGAUCCAAUUAUUUUAUUUCUCGACGAACCGACUUCGGGUCUCGACUCCACCAGUGCUUACAUGGUGGUGAAAGUUUUACAGAGAAUUGCUCAAAGUGGAAGUAUCGUCACGAUGUCGAUUCACCAGCCGAGUUAUCGCAUUCUCGGACUGCUGGAUCAGAUGAUAUUUUUAUCACGUGGACAAACUGUGUACAGCGGUUCACCACUGAGUUUGCCUCUUUUCUUCGCCGAGUUUGGCCAUCCGAUUCCGGAACACGAGAACCAGACCGAGUUCGCUCUUGACCUUAUCCGAGAACUCGAAGGCUCCCCCGGUGCAACAAAGAGUUUAGUUGAAUUUAACAAAUCGUGGCAACAAAUGAAGCACACGAGAAUUACUUCAGUUCAUGUAGCUGAGAGCAAUCGACAAGGACUCUCACUCAAAGAAGCCAUUAGUGCAAGUAUUUCAAGAGGAAAAUUAGUUUCAGGUGCAACCACAAACGAAGCAAGUACAACAUCAAUGGUGCCCACUUUUGUCAAUCCGUUCUGGAUCGAAAUGGCGGUUUUGUCGAAAAGAUCCAUCACAAAUUCACGAAGAAUGCCGGAGCUGUUCGCUAUACGCUUAGCGGCAGUUUUAGUAACCGGGUUUAUUCUCGCCACCGUCUUUUGGCAGCUCGAUAAUUCCCCUAAAGGCGUUCAAGAACGAUUAGGCUUCUUCGCUUUCGCAAUGUCGACGACUUUCUACACGUGCGCUGACGCCCUUCCCGUCUUUCUUCAAGAAAGAUAUAUUUUCAUGAGAGAGACUUCUCAUAACGCUUAUCGGAGAUCAUCUUACGCGUUAUCUCACGCUCUCGUGGCGUUACCGUCGUUGAUAUUUCUCUCGCUAGCCUUCUCCGCCACCACAUUUUGGGCGGUGGGGCUCGACGGUGGAGUUUCGGGGUUCUUAUUCUAUUCAUCGAUAAUCUUCGCCUCGUUUUGGGCUGGAAGUUCUUUUGUCUCGUUUCUCUCAGGCGUUGUGCCUGAUGUAAUGCUCGGUUACACCAUUGUUGUUGCUAUUUUAGCAUAUUUUUUACUCUUCAGUGGCUUCUUCAUCAACCGCGAUCGGAUUCCCGGCUACUGGAUAUGGUUCCAUUACUUGUCACUGGUGAAGUACCCGUACGAAGGCGUUUUGCAAAACGAAUUUGAGGAUGCGGGUAAGUGUUUUAGUCGUGGGGUUCAGAUUUUUGACAACACGCCACUGGGGGCCGUGCCGACCUCGAUGAAAGCGAGAUUGUUGGAGAGUUUGAGCGGGAGUUUGGGAAUGAGGAUUACGAGCUCGACGUGCUUGACGAAGGGGUCGGAUAUAUUGCAGCAACAAGGGAUAACCGAUUUGAGUAAAUGGAGUUGCUUGUGGAUCACUGUGGCGUGGGGAUUUUUGUUCAGGAUUUUGUUCUACUUUUCUUUGUUACUGGGAAGCAAGGGCAAGAGACGGUAAGGUUGAGUGAAAUUAUUUCUGGGUAAAAGCUUUCUUAUUAUUAUUAUUAUUAUUAUGAUUGUUAUUAGUACCCAAUAAUAUAUUUUUGUUUGUCGACAUCCAUGGCAGAAUAUUUGAGAUUCAUUGAACCCUAAAUUUUCUUAGCUUCCUUGUAAGAACAAUAGACAUCAAACAGUCUGCUAAAAGAAGCGCUGAGGAUUGUGUGUCUACAAACCUUGUUAUUAUGAACCCAAUAUUCAAUCAACU